AAUAAAUUGUAAACUCAAUACUAUAUUUUAGUAACCUUUAAAUUAUUUUCAUAAAAGACUACAGGCUGCUGAAUUAGUCGCGUUUGUGCUGAAUGAAAAUCGCCAACACGAAGCAAGACGAAAAACGAGUACGAGGAGCUCUUAUUCCAAAUAGCAAUUUCAAAAUGGCGUCAGUGAUUUUUGGUGGAAUUUUGAUGUCUGUUUAGUGAGAUUUACGCGGUAAUUGCCUUGGCAAAAAAUUAAAAAUUGUGAAGAAGAAAAAUUCGAAAGUGACAAACACAAUUGAUAAAAGGAAAUAGAUUACGGCAAGCAGAUGUGCCUUUGAAUUUUCCAGUAGUGAUAAUUCGCGUAAAAAUGGCGCAUGUAUCAAAGCAAGCGAUAUAACUUUCUUUUUUCACAAGUGUUCAAUUUAUGUUGGAGUUUAGUUUAUGCUCAUCUAGUGAAAAGACUUCCGACGCGUUAUUGAAUGUUUAAACUUGCACUCCUUAUUGCAGUGUGUGACAAGUGGCAAGUGGUACAGUCCGAACGAGGUGGAACGCGGCAUAUAUCGCCUUUUAUUGCCAGCGUGGGAACAUACGGAAAAUUUAUAAAUUGUGUGUUAAUUACUGAAGAAUUAUAACAACGUCGCAAAAGACGAGUGUUGAAAUUGCUUAUGAUAAAGUUGAUAAAGUGAAAAAGGCGGCUAAAUCAAAAUCAAAUAAUUAUUAUCGCCAAAAUGUGUGCAGCGCACAGUAACCCACAGCAGGGCUUCGGCUACACUUGGGGCUUCGCAGACAAUACCCGUACGGAGUCCGUGUUGGAAAUUCCGGCAAAUAUAAAUUACACAGUCAGCAGCGAGUCCAUGCCAUAUUUAUUAUCUACAGAUGGGUCAUUAACUGUGCAGAAGGAUGUAAAAGGUGGACUGGCGGCCCAGAAAGGGGGUGUUGUUCGUCGAAUGUUUGUCGUGAAUGAACCAUUUGCACCAGGAGCACAACGAGUCAUAACUGCAGGUACUACUACACCAUCGGUGGUGAAGAAACAAGACCAACAAGUGCUCAGUAUUAACUGCGACAAAAAUUACCUACUUGUAGAUCAAUCAGAUCAGUCACACUCUCUGACUAAUGGUAUCGUCGACACGAAGUCACAAACCAUACUAACGACAACAGCUGGCGCUAAAACGCAUUUCAGUCCCAUCGGGCCGAUCCAUCUCACUGCAGAGGAAUGCAACGAGAUAUUAAUGAAACGAGCGCUUGCCGCAUCUCAACAGACUCACACGAUCACUACUCCAGACGGACAUGGGACGACAAGUGACAUUUUGCCGGGCAUUUCAGUACAAGUUCAAAAAGUUAUACAAGGCUUAGAAGAAACAGAAGAUUCGCAAGGAGAUGCGCCCAAUUUAAAGUUAGAGCCUGGCACAUUAGAACUUUCUCCCAAAACAGAGCUGCAGGAUAAUAUGAACUAUAACGAGAGUGAUGCCACAGUAAAGAAGGAGCGCCCAUACAGUUGCGAUGAAUGCGGCAAAUCGUUUCUGCUGAAACAUCAUUUAACGACACAUGCGAGGGUACAUACAGGUGAACGGCCGCAUGUGUGUGUGCAUUGCAGCAAGAGCUUUGCUCAUAAGCACUGCCUCAACACGCAUCUGCUUUUGCAUUCAACUGAUCGACCCUUUCAAUGCACCGAAUGCAAGAAAAGUUUUACUUUGAAACACCACCUCUUGACACAUUCACGUGUUCAUAGUCGUGAUCGGCCAUUUGUAUGCCCUGAAUGUGGGCGCACGUUCCCUUUGAAGCGGCAUUUAGUAACACAUAGCAAAUUUCAUGCCGGCGAACGACCAUACGUUUGUGAAGAAUGCGGCGAAAGUUUUGCUCAGGAGAAUCACUUAAUAAUGCAUUCACGUUUUCAUGGAUCCUUGAAUCCGUUUGUAUGUCCGGAUUGUGGUGCUACGUUUCCACGCAAAUUCCAGUUGGUGAAUCAUGGUCGUAUACACGGUAAGGUACCACACUCUUGUGCUUUGUGUGGCAAAGAGUUCUUGCAAAAGCGUACCCUGGUAUCGCACAUGAGGAUUCAUACUGGCGACCAGCCAUAUCCUUGCAUUAGUUGUGGGGAAGGAUUUAUGUCAAAAGCCGAGCUCAAUCAGCAUGUACGCAAUACGCACGGAGGCGUUAAUCCAAACUCUUCGAACACUGCGAUACAUUCUUCGCAGCAGCAGCAUCAUACGCAACAACAGCAGCAGCCACAGCAACAGACACAAGCGCCACAUUCACAAACCAUUACUGUUGUCGGUAAUUCAGCGAACCCGGCAUUAUUAACCGUAGCAGGCAAUGAUAAUGUUGCUCGUCCCCAAUAUGGAUGUCGUGAAUGUGGAAGUGCCUUUAAUAGCAGAGAAGCGUUAGCGCUUCACUUGCGAUUGCACACGGGUGACAAGAGCCUUAUGACUGAUUUGUGCGCUUUAACCGCGGCAUUGCCUGGUCACUUCCUCAACACUGGCCUUAAUCCAGGUACAGCCACUGUGGUGGCCACCAAUCCAAAUAUAGUGGCUCAAAACACUGUACCAGUGCAGAUAAUUUCAUCAACAGGUCAAGUUAUGACCCAAACAACACUAGUGCAGGCCGCUGCCGCAACACAUCCCCAGGGUGUUGUUACCAGUGUACCUGGCGUGAUGCACCACCAGCAGCCGCAACAACAGUUGACAAACACAGCGCCACAGCAACAUCAUCCACAACAGCAGCAGCCAACGCCGCCCAAACCAAAGUCACACUUUUGCGCCAGUUGCGGCAAAGGUUUCGCGGCUAAGCAUGGACUCAUGCAGCAUAAUCGCCGACAUCCCAAUGGUGGUUGCACCGUGCGCACACAUGUCUGCGAGUGUGGCAAGGCAUUCUUCCAGAAGAAUCAUUUGAUGUUACAUCAGCGCCAACAUUUGGAAACGAAGCCUCCAUCUGCUGUAGCGCAACAACAGCAGCAGCAGCAGCAACAACAACAGCAACAACAACAACAGCAGCAACAACAACAGGUGCGUUGAUUGCAUUGCUAAAAACAAAAAACAAAACAAAAAAAAUGCUGCUCAGCGCUGUGUAGCACGCAAAUACCCGCAAAACAGCAAACCUGCAAAAUACGCAAGUCGGCUUUGCAACGCUUCCAUUAUAAUUUUUUACAAGAGCUCGCGCGUGACGUUACGCUGAGUCACAUAACCAACGCUUAACAUCAAGCCAGAAUCCUCAUAUCAAACAACCGCAAAAUAAAACUGCAAAUGCAAAAUACUAACAUAAUGUUUUUCUUUUUUCCACUUAGGAUUUAACACAACUACAGCACAGCCGUGCUCGCAAACAGCAACAACCACAAUCGGCUAUGUUGAUUGGCAACCAUCAGGCGGUGCAUCUGCAAGUGCUGCAAGGUACCAAUGCGGCUCAAGUAAUCAAAUACGAAAUUAAUAUACCGCAGGAUAAUCACAGUUGUUGAGCAAUUAAUUGAUGGGGUAGAAUCGUUCAAUAUUUCACACUAACACAACUAAAAAGGACAAACGCGCAUACACGUGAAUGGCGCCUGGGAUAAAUAAAGCGGGGGCUCAUUUGUACGGUCCUUGGUACUGUGCUUGUUUUCAUUUGUUUAAGUUUAUUACCUUUUUGUAGUCUUUAAGCUUUAUUGUUUGGCUCUUUUUUGUGUGCACACAUUUUGCACUUGCAGUAAGAAUUACUUAUUGUUUCUAUUUGUGUAAAUAAUUUGUUCACUACAACAUAACUAUAAAAAUUGUAGUUUUUAAGUCCUCAAGACAACAUUUAAUUAACAACAAAUUUGUUUUAUUAAGUGAAUCAUAGCGCAGAGAUGUAAUUAGUAUAUUUUUUUUGAAUUGCGUGGCAAUUGGUUUUGGUAAAUUCAUUCGUAGCUGGUCCUGAGUUGUACACAUUAAGUCAUGCACGUGCAGGGGUCUUCAGUUUGCGUUAAUCAUGUUCCGAGUUCCCUUACUCGUCACCUUUGCCCUUCACAUAUAUACAUCCAUACACAAAAUAUAUAUGUAUACCGAUAAGAGUGCUUAGAUUGUAAAUCAGAAAAGAAUUUCACCUUCAUGCCGACAUUUUAUUAUAAAUUGAAAUGUCUGAUUAAUACUUAGUAUAUACAGUGCAUAUGUAUGUAAAUAUCUAUACGAUUACAUGCAAGAAAAAAAAAACAAAAACA